AUGUUUCACGGGUACGGCGUUGCACCCAUGCGUGUUGAUGAUCGCAGUGUGGUUUCUUGCUCGAAAGAGAAUUCUGUUUGGAAAAUAAUUCCCAACUUUUCUCUCAAGGAGGCCAAGUCACGAUGUUUACUUCAGUUUCCGGUUCAUCUUGUGCUUCAUGACCUCGGCACGAAUAACGAUCCAAGCCAAUUAUUGUUUUAUUAUGAAAUUAGAAUUUUAGAGAGUAGUGUGAGUCAUCCAGUGUUUGGAAUUGGCCUAGCUCCUCCAUAUUUUGAAGAACAAGGAAUGGUUGGAUGGUACAAGCAUUCGGUUGGUUAUCAUGCAGACGAUGGUUACAUUUUUGCCUCGACUGGGCCAUCCUAUACUCAAAAAGCAUUCUCAAAAUAUGGUCAAGGAGAUUGCGUGAGCGUGUUGUGGUAUAACAAUGAAGUGUAUUUUGCAAAGAAUGGACAAUUGUGUCCACAUACAUCAUCGAGACCUUUCAACAAGUUUAUGGAUUUUUGGGCAACCAUUACAACCAACAUGGAUGUUUCAUCGUUUCAAGUCAUUACAGAAAUGCAACAUUUUCAACACUUGUCAAGAGACGUGUUUCCAUUCUUACCUGAGAAACUUAAAAGAAAUAAGUGUAUGAAUAGAGUGACAAUAAUUGGAGGUGAGAAUGUCGAGCAAAGCCCCAUGAUUGAAAUUCCAACAUCAACACUUGAGAAGAGCGCUAUUAUUACGACAACUCAAGAGGGUGACUCAAUGGCAAGUGAGGAUGAAAUGUUACUAUUGAGAUUACAACAAGAUUUCACAAACCUUCUUAGCUCCAUAAAAACAAAGAAUCUCACAACACAUGCACUUCAACAACAAGUACGAACAUUGCAAAUGGAGAAGGAACAAUUACAAAAAGAAAUUCUCACUAUGAAAGAGUCUUUCCAACAACAACAGGCAAACAACGUCAAGAACAUGAAACACUUAAAAAGAUUCUAG